CAAUCCAUGCUUUCCUCGCGAUUAGAACCGUUACUUCCGAGACGAUAGCUUCGAAUCUAUUACAAUCACUUCUUUGAAACGAAACGACCAUGGGAGGUUUCAAUUGGAGGAAGCUUCUAGGAUGGGACCGUCACCCAUCACAUAACCACCACGAUUGGAUUGCCCACGAAUCCCGUCGUCGAUUGCUUCCAAUUCAUCAGGACGAGAUCGAAUCUGCAAUCCCCCCUACCGAAGUAACCAAAGUCGCUCUCCGUUUGCGAUACCUUAUCGAACAAUGUGUGCCGUGCGAACUCGAAGAACAGCGAAUUACCCAACCUCAUAGUAGGAUAAUUACUCCCAAAGUAAUCAAGGCCGCGAAAGAAGCCGGUGGGCCAGAGAAUCGCUCGUGUGUGGUUUUCUGUCUUCUAGUUGUCAAUCGCUGGUUUAAACACCAAGCCUUGGUCGAGCUUUGGGACGCGUCGUUACAUCAAAUCCGCGCCAUCGCAUGCGAAGUCAUCGCAAAAAGUAUUAUUGAGUCUGAGGACGAUAUACCUUAUUUGCUGCAGUCGGUUUUGCUGAAGCGGUUUUCAAUUAUAGUCGAUGGCGAAACUACUCUACCCGUCAAUGUCAUUGAAAAGGCCGUCGAUCUUCAUGCGCUUCGCGUGAUCGGAUCUUCCGGUUACCAGAAAUGCAUCAACUACCUCUGGAAGGGAUGGCUAGUACAAGAUGAGAACGACCCUGCGAGUUUCGUCGACUACAAGGAUCGUGACAACACCACUCUCCUACCACAUCUAGACCCAGAUCGCAUGCGAGCUCCGAUGUACCAGAAUGCUUUCCAGCUAAUAAUUUCCAUCAUUUAUCUGGCUCUUUACACCGGCGCUAUCAACACCAUUAACCCUGGUGGUGAUCUAGAUCUAGUGGAGAUUCUCCUCUACAUCUUCACAUUUGGCUUCCUCUUCGACGAACUUACAAAGUUCUACAAAGCCGGAUAUCACAUCUUUAGUUUUUGGAAUGCUUUCAACAAUGUCCUAUACUCGCUGUUAAUGGUUUCGCUUGCGAUGCGCCUCGUCGCCUUCAGUCAUCCACCGGAUGACCGUGAUCACCGUCAGAAGUUUAACCAAUUGUCAUACAACUUUUUGGCUUUCACGGCUCCCAUGUUCUGGGCUAGGUUGCUCCUUUACAUGGAUUCAUUCCGCUUUUUUGGUGCGAUGCUUGUCGUACUUAAAGUGAUGAUGAAGGAAAGCAUCAUAUUCUUUGCCUUGCUGGUUGUUGUCAUCAUUGGGUUUCUUCAAGCGUUCAUCGGCAUGGACUAUGCGGACGAUAUGGCCGGGGAAGACACGGUAUUUAUCUUACAAGCUAUGGCUAAUGCUAUUAUGCAAAGCCCGGAUUUCUCUGGAUUUGAACGAUUCAGCCCACCAUUCGGGAUUAUACUUUACUACCUCUUCACCUUCGUCGUUAUGGUCAUCCUCUUGAACGUACUUAUCGCGCUGUACAAUAGCGCCUAUGAGGAUAUCUACGACAAUGCCGACGACGAAUUUCUCGCACUAUUUUCUCAAAAGACCAUGCAAUUCGUACGCGCUCCCGACGAGAACGUUUUUAUCGCCCCGUUCAACCUGAUCGAAAUAUUCCUGCUCAUCAUUCCCUUCGAAUGGUGGAUGCCCAAGAAUCAGUACGAACGCCUUAAUGAUAUUGUAAUGGGUGUAAUUUACUCUCCACUACUCUUCUGUUCCGCGUUGUUUGAAGUCAGGACAGCUAAGGAGAUCCGAAGAAACAGGAGAAGAGGCGAGGAUGAUGAUGACACGGAAGAGGAAUGGGAACAGAUGGCUAGUGAAGUCGAUUUUGAAGGCGAGGGCUGGGCAAAGAAAGUUGCCGACAGCAAAGCUAAUGUCGAAGAAGAUCCCGCCGUACUCGAGAUCCAGAAACUGAGGGAUGAAGUCGACCAAUUGAAGACGCUUCUUGAGAAUCUCGGCAAGAACCUCAAUAGUAAAGCUGAGAGUGAAAACUUGCUCUAGUUUUGAGUCUUCCUGGUCAUCUCUUUCAGGAUGGGGGUUCGGUUCUAUUUAUUCGGAAGUUAGUUUCAGUUAUCUUAUACAUCGGGGGCUUGUAUCAGUAUCAACCUCGUCUUUGGAUUAUAUUGGAGUUGUGCUAGCUGGUUAAGCCAGGGGAGUAGCACAUACAUGUGUUUAUGGAGAGACGACGCAAUGCGAUUAGGGCUCAGACCCAGUACCUUUAUGACUAGGUGGUUCGGGAUGACAUUUACAUGGUAUCGCGUUUACGCUAAAUUAUCGAGAAGGGAUGUUUAUCAAUGAAAUAGCAGUAUAUAUUGAUGCCUCAAAUUAUACUGGGACGUCUAGUCUUGCCUAACGUGCUGCCAUCCUGACAUCCUUGACCC